AAAAACAUUUCUCAUGUGAUAAUAACAAAAACGACUGCUGCGGUUCUAUUUUCGCGUUUUGGUAUCGUUCACUGUCAUGGCUUCCUAAGCAAGCAGACGUUGGGCCCUGAUCAUCUUUGCAGAAAUAUCCAUUUUCUUCGAUUAAUUGUGUCAAAACAGGGACCUUAACAACCCUUUGUUUCUUUUUAGCUUGGAUAAUUAAUCAUGGCUGGGAGCAGUACGGCGCAGAAAACAUGGGAGCUAUCUAACAGCAUGCAGGAAGUUCAGAGCAUCGAUGAAAUUUACAAAUAUGACAAAAAGCAACAACAAGAAAUCCUCGCAGCGAAGCCAUGGACAAAGGAUCACCACUACUUCAAGUACUGCAAAAUCUCCGCUUUGGCCCUGUUGAAGAUGGUGAUGCAUGCCAGGUCUGGUGGAAACCUGGAGGUAAUGGGUCUCAUGCUAGGGAAGGUGGAUGGUGAAACCAUGAUCAUUAUGGACAGCUUUGCAUUGCCUGUUGAGGGGACAGAAACCAGAGUCAACGCCCAGGCGGCAGCAUAUGAAUACAUGGCUGCCUACAUUGAAAAUGCCAAACAGGUUGGCCGACUGGAGAAUGCCAUUGGCUGGUACCACAGUCAUCCAGGCUAUGGGUGCUGGCUCUCAGGCAUUGAUGUCAGCACUCAGAUGCUUAACCAGCAGUUUCAGGAGCCUUUUGUGGCUGUUGUGAUCGACCCCACUCGCACUAUUUCUGCGGGGAAAGUCAACCUCGGUGCCUUUAGAACAUACCCGAAGGGUUACAAACCUCCGGAUGAGGGACCGUCUGAAUAUCAGACAAUCCCUCUGAACAAGAUAGAAGACUUUGGUGUACACUGUAAACAGUAUUACGCCUUGGAGGUAACAUACUUUAAGUCUUCACUUGACAGAAAGCUCCUUGAACUCCUUUGGAACAAAUAUUGGGUUAAUACCUUAAGUUCCUCAAGCCUCCUCACGAACUCGGACUACACCACAGGCCAGGUGUUUGACCUGUCAGAGAAGCUUGAGCAGUCAGAGGCCCAGCUGGGUAGAGGCAGCUUCAUGCUCGGCUUAGACACACACGAUAGGAAGUCUGAGGACAAACUGGCCAAAGCAACACGAGACAGCUGCAAGACAACCAUCGAGGCAAUUCAUGGGUUGAUGUCUCAAGUCAUCAAGGACAAACUCUUCAAUCAAAUAAACACAUCUGCCAAUUAAAGCCGAACACACAGAGCAAUUUGGACUUCACCUGGAAGUGAUUUCUUGUGCAUGUCCAGGUCCUCUUUUAGGGCUGUAGGUGUAUGUCUAACUGCCGAGAGGUUCAUCUCUUUGGAGUGAUUUUGUUUUCCUUUUUCAGUUCAUUUUUAAUCCUAAAAGCGACUCAGAAAUGCAGUAGUACAUGCAAGAAAAAUAAAAGGUAAAAAAACAUUGUCUGUGGGUAUUUUGUAGAAUUUAAACAAAGGUCUCUUUAUUUUGUAUUGAUGUAUGGUGUAGAUCGUAUAAAAAA